AUGGCGACAAACGGCACUUCCAAACACGCCGUAACCGGGCCCUGGACGCCCUCUAGCUGGAAGACCAAGCCCAUCGUCCAGUCCGUCCAGUACAGCGACGCCAAGGCCUUCGACGCCUCCGUCCAGAAACUGAACACGCUGCCGCCGCUGGUCACGCCGCAGGAAAUUGUGAAGUUGAAGAACGAACUCCGCGAGGUCGCCCGGGGCAAUGCCUUCCUCCUCCAGGGCGGCGACUGCGCUGAGCUGUUCGACUACUGCACGCAAGAGAUGAUCGAAGCCAAAGUCAAGCUCCUCCUCCAGAUGUCGCUGGUCCUGAUCUACGGCGCUAAGAAGAAGGUCGUCCGCGUCGCCCGCAUGGCCGGCCAGUACGCGAAGCCGCGCUCGUCCCCGACCGAGGUCGUCGACGGCGUCUCCAUGCCCAGCUUCCGCGGUGACAUCCUGAACAGCUACGAGGCCGACCCGGCGUUGCGGGAGCCGGACCCCAAGAGGCUGGUGGAUGCGUACUUCCACUCGGCCGCCACACAGAAUUACCUGCGCGCCGCCCUGGCCAGCGGCCUCGCCGACCUCCAUGCGCCCCUCGACUGGAGUCUGGGUCACGUCCGGGACCCCACCGUGCGGGACAAAUACCAGGUCAUCGUGGAGCGGAUCACCGACACGCUGGACAUGAUGCGCACCAUCGGACUGGACACGGGCGGCGGGCUGGAGACGGUUGACCUGUUCACCUCGCACGAGGGACUGCUGCUGGAAUACGAGCAAUCCCUGACCCGAAAGUUCAAACACCCGGCAAACCACCAACACCAUCAACCAACCGCCUCCCUUCGCCCUUCCUCGCCCAUCAGUAGUCACCACCAAACCCCGUCCAAGACCCGCAAGACGUCCCUGCCGACACAGCUCCCGCCCCCUUUGCCCCCGACCAAAGGCUACUACGACACCUCGGCACACAUGCUCUGGAUCGGCGACCGCACGCGCCAGCUGACACACUCGCACGUCGAGUUCUUCCGGGGCAUCGCGAACCCCAUCGGCGUCAAGGUCGGCCCGAGCAUGCCCGCGGCGGACCUGGUCCCGCUGCUCGACAUCCUCAACCCGGACCACGAAGUCGGCAAGAUCGUCCUGAUCACCCGCUACGGCUGCGACAAGAUCGCCGCCCACCUGCCGGGUCACAUCCGCGCGGUGCAGCAGUCGCGACACCAGGGCACCGUGGUGUGGCAGUGCGACCCCAUGCACGGCAACGGCCGCAACGCCACUGUCGCCGUUCCUGCGCCGGUCGAACCAGCAGCCGUCGGACCAUCGUCUUCCACAACCUCCUCCGCAGGGCAACCUCCUUCAACCACGACGACUACGACGACGAUCAAGACCCGCCGCUUCUCUGACAUCCUCAGCGAACUGCACCAGGCCCUGCAGAUCCACCGCGCGCACGCGUCGUACCUGGGUGGCGUGCACCUGGAGCUGACGGGCGAGGCCGUGACUGAGUGCAUCGGCGGCGCCGAGGGCCUGACCGAGGCCCACCUCAGCCUCAACUACGCCACCUUCUGCGACCCGCGGCUCAACGAGAAGCAGGCCCUCGAGCUGGCCUUUCUCGUCGCCGGGUUUUAUCGGGAUGAUGCCGCCGCCGCCGCCACGGCGGCGUGA